AUGUCAGACUAUGGCCAUCUGGGCCAACUUGAGGCAAUGGGCCGCAAAGCACAUUUGGAAGGAAUGAGAUACAGUGUCUUCUUUGCCCAGUAUGAAUCCACCAUUGACUAUCUCGAAAGCGAUGUAUCGAAUCUCCCUGAAUCUGAACGACAAAUCAGAGCCCAAGUCGAGACAUGGAAACACUUCUGGCCCAACGAAACUUUUCUAGCGGGCAUAUCCGUAGAAGGGCUCAUAGCGCCAAUCACUGAGUACAAAGUUCAGGAUAAUGUCACAAGGUCACUGGAGAAGUCACCGCCUCCAUCUGGACCCCCUUUGUCUCAUGAUGCUUCAAUAAAUGUCGAAAAGAUUCCUAUUAUUCCUCGCCCAAGACAACCCCGAAGUUCUUUGGCUACUGCAACGACUUCUGACGGCCUUGCGGCUUUAGGUGCUACUUCGAGUCAAGUUAAUGUUGCACAGUCCUUGCGAACAAAAAAGCAUCCAUCGUCACAAAACGUGAUUACACUAGCUCCUCCACAGCCCUCGUCGACUGAAUCACAAUUACCUCAACGAAGCAUGGCCCGACUACCUUCUCCAGUCAAACAACCAAUUGAACAAUUGCAUACUAUCACACCAUCUAAUUCCAAACUGCCUCCGGUUAAAGCAACAUCGCAAUUUUACGACCUUGACGAUGGUGCUGACGAGGAUAUCUUGAAUGAGUCUUGUGAGGUUACCAGUGCCAAGAAAGCCCCGUUGUUAGGUACUCCGCAUAUCAACAAUGGAAAUCAUGACGCCAGAGCUCAAAUGCUUUGCGGAAACUGCUAUAUGAAAGGUCACCUGUUGAAAACUUGCGUGGCUCCUGUGGAUAAAUUUGGGUUCAUCUCAGGUUGUCCGCUUUGCAAUACCAAGACGCAUUUAUAUGAGCACUGCUUCAAGCCUGGGAAUUACAAGCCUAUAAGUCGUUCUUUUUUGCUCGUGAACAGAUUCAAUUGUCCCCCAAUUCGUUGGGCACAGGAUUUCCGUAAUGUUGAUGGAUUCUGGACGAAGCCAGAACGCCCAUGGACAUGUGAGUUCUCUUUAAAACAAGCAGGUAAAUUCAUGAUCUCUUAUGAUGAAAGAGGGAGGUCAGAGUGUGGGACUCGUGAUCCGGCGUGGUAUAAUCCGGAGACAAUCCCCUCUCAAGCAUAUCCAGAACCCAGUGAGUCAUAUAGCGGUUAUCAAUGGAUACGUUCUCACCGCAGCUUGGACCAAAAGUCAAAUAUAUUAGGUCACAAGUUCGAUGUAGUCCUAAAUUCGAGCAAGGUAAUUUCAAAACGGAUGAGAACGAUUAGGGAAAAGAUUUUUCAUUUAGCCAUAUGCCUUGAAGAGAUUGUAUUAUUGGAGAUGUGGCAAGCAAGAGGCCAACAGUUAACCCUCCCCGAGAUGGAGAUGAUUACGAGGAAGGGAGCGAGGGAGACGGAAUUCGAAGAACAUAUAAAUGCUUAUUAUGAGUCCUUACCAUCCCGCGAACCAUACAUCAAUACGAAUGACGCAAAUGUAACGAAACAGCCUCCGGAAUUAGGUCCAAGUCAUGAUCAUUUUUCGAAGAAUAAAGAAUUGGAAAAUACGGCCUGGACGGAUGAAGAGCAAGUACUCAAAGUGAAAAUUAGAAACAGAAGUCUAAAAGUCCGAGAAAUCGAACGUUUGGGGAGGAAGCAAGCAAGAGGAGAGAACUUGAAUAGUCUCGAAAUUGACUUUAUGGCCAACAAUAGGGAUAUGGAGGCCCAGUGGCACGAGGAUCAAAGGGUGUAUCACAGCCGGUUUAAUGCAUCUCCCAAAGCACACCUUAGGGCAGUCAAAAGAUCGAGCCCAUCUAACAUGAUGAUUCGCGACUCCUCAUAUCUACCAUUGCGUUCUAUGCAUUGUGGAUCGUCUCCAGAAUCGUUUCAGCAUUUCGAAUCAACACCAAAUCAACCUCCUUUUUCGAACAACACACCAACUUUUGACAACAACAACAACAUCCCCGACGGAUUCACAGAAGUUAGGUACCGUCGCUAUGAGAACUUGGUUGCUACAAGCCACUGCCGAACAAAUUCUGCUUCCUAUGUUCAGAAUGAUAUCCCGCAAAAUUCAAUGCCCCUAGGAAAUGAUGCAAACAGUAAACCCUCCACUAGAGGCGCUCCAUCAAGCGGCCCAAUUAAAGCCAAACCCCUAUCUAGCAAUUCAGAUGUAUCCCUAAGCAAACCAAGGCAACUACAUGCGAUUCCACAGUGGGAUAUUGCGAAAUCAAAGGAUCAAAAGGCAAUAGAGAACAAGAUUUUGAAAUUGUCAAGAAAACUCGAACAAAUUAAAAGCUGGGAGGCAAAGGGAGAGAUGGUAUCCAACCAACAGCUUCAGCGGAUUGCGAGGAAAGGGGAUAUAGAGGCAGAGCUGGCAGCUUUAACAAGUAUCUCUUGCCAGCCCCCAGUAUCCCUCGAACCAAAUAUUGGUCCAACCACAGGACCGAAUUUGGAGAACCAUCCUUCCGUAUCUAUCUUAGCUAGAGGAGUACAACAGCCAAUGAAUAAGUCUGUACCUGUGACAGGAGAAUCCUCAACUUCCACCAAUGUGAAAUCAUCUACCCCACCCUCGUCUUCAACCGAGCUCCCGACGCCGUUGGCUAGUCAUUCAGAAGAUGUUCCAUCUAAAGACCCCGUUUUAGCAACCUCCUAUGCCAGGAUAGUUGCGCAAAUACUACCCAAGCCGAAUUCUCCGAACAAAUGUCGCAAAAGCGGUAACAUAUCUUCAGAAGAGCAACCGUGGCCGUCCUUGAGCCCCUCCACCAAAGAAUCCAGCUCUAAGCCUAUCGUCCGAGAUGUAGCUGUAUCUACGUUUCCGACAUCAAAUCAGAUGCAACUUUCUUCUGUUGCAAGCAAUGAAAGUGGGCUAUCUUUAAGCUACGCCGAAAAAGCUUCCAGCUUGGAGAAAAUCAACCAAAUUGCAACUACCUCUAAAUGCUUGAAGCCAAAGGACUCCCAAGACACUGUUGACAAACGUCAAGAUGUGUUCCCAGCACUAAAUAUAAUGCAACCUUCUGUUACAAGUUUCGAAUUGGGGCCAUAUCCGAGCUACGCUAAAAAAGCUGCCAGCUUGGAGAAAAUCAACCAAAACGCAACUGCCUCUAAGUCUUCGGAGUCAAGAGAGUUGCAAUCUACUUUUAUCGAAAGCAAAGAUACAUCUCGGGGUUCAAUUAAUUUGCAUCCCUCUCAUGUUGGAAGCAAGAAUUGGAGGUCCUCCUUCAGCCCCCAACCAAGUUGUUCUAGUGCUAUCAAAAUUGAUCAAGAUGCAGCUACUCUUUCAACGGCGGAACCGCGAUACAAGAGACCUCGUCUCCUCUCACAGCAUCAAUUGGGACAACUUUUAUUAAGCUUUUCGAAAGAUUCUGACUUGGAGCAACUUGACCCGCAGCAAGAAGGCUGGGAACACGUGAGCUCAUGGAGAAAAGGGUCUCAGUGUACUUCGAAUGAAAAAUCGCAGCCUUCAUUAAGAUCUCCCAACGUUACAGGAUCCCAAAGCACUGUUCCAAGAGCUGCUGAUACUAACAGCUCUUCGCCACGCCAUGCAAUUAUAACUAGUUCGUUCACUCUUCCAGAAGCUAGCAAUCUUGCAACUAUGACUCCAGAUCCGCCAAGCACUGGAUCCUCUGGGCCACAGCCAAUGGGACUCUUUUCGCACUCUCAAACUGUGAAGGAUAAGGUUUCGCGGAUGCCUGCAGCUUCACGUCGUCGAUCUAUAGUUGCGGUGCUCGAUAGUAAUCAAGAGGAGUCAUAUAAUCAAGAACCUCCUGUAUCACGGGAAUAUGAUUCUGAUUCAACUCUCGCUGACUUGGAAGUCCCACACAAUACAUCGAAAGUUUCAUCGCCACCAAAAUCUAAUCUAGAAGUUGCGGUUCUUAACAAUGUCAUCCGUCAUCAAUCAACUUCGGGGCCAAGGAAUUUGCAGCAAAACCAACCCAGAAUGACGAAACGAUCUAGAAACCGACGCGUUUCUUCAACAGCAUCGCAAUCGAGUUUAGGUUCCAGAACUGACAGUCUCAAAAGUGUCACCCAAGUUCCUAUCAGUGAAGAACCUUCUAUUCCCCAGCAAACACAGUCUAAUCCGAAUUCUCUCACCCCGAUCCCUGAAAACGCUGAAACUCACGAUCCGACCCGCUCACCGCAGGUUUCAUCACAAAUACAGUCUAUUCCAAUGUCGCCCGCCUCAGCCCCUGGAACAGAUAUCAUUCACGCAAACACAUUCGAACUUCCACACCCUGAUAAUUUCUUAUUAAGUGAUGAUGAUUUCGACAAUAAAUCCGCGUUUUCAGCAGAUCUGUCACCGCUAACACCCCCCGACAAGUUCGAACUCGGUUCUUUUUUAGAUACUAGUGAUUUUACGGAAAUAAUGAACUGGGGAACAAGUAGUGAUCGAGCGGAGGGAUAUAGCUCUUCAGAUGAGAGCUCGGUACAAUUUUAUUUGAGCAACGAAGAUAAUAGAGGUGAUGGAAGCACAUACGUCAAGCCCUUUUGCUUCAAAUGCAGUAAGAUGGGACAUGAAGCAAUGCCUUGCGUCGAUGACAGGCAAAUAGAAGACCAAGAGGGUCGUGAGGAUUUGAUAAAAACAUACGAGACACCAUAUACCUACUACACACACGAGAGUCAAGAACAUACUGUAGAAAGGGCCCUCGACAACGCUGGUACACACCAAACAAGAAAAGAUCAAGAAGCAAAUGUGGCCGAGCCGAAGAGAUAUGAGGACGAGAUUAUUUGCUUCAGUUGCAACAAAGUAGGACAUCAUACACUCGAUUGUCCAGAAGGUCCUUGGGCUCCAGAUAUCAACGCAAACGCAAAUCCUGGCAAGGAUUCAAAAUUUCAAGAUGAGAAUAAGAAUCCGGAACAGGGAAAUUCUGGGAAGAGUAAAGUAUGCACGGGAGGAAGGGAAGUUCAUGAUGCAAUAGAAGCGGCAUCGGAACAGACAGUGAAAACUUCAUGUCCGACUACGGCAUCGCCUACGUCUAAUCUGCUUCCGAGUGCUGAUGUGUAUAUACCGACUCGGACAUUGGGAAGGGGGUUGGAACAGAGAAGUGAUUUCGAGCAUGGAGUGAGAGAUAUGCUGAUGAGGGGAGCAGCUCCAAACUGGGUACAGCCUGAAAGAUCCCCCAUUCAGUACCCAAACGCAUAUGCCAAUCCUGGUAUGUUUCCAACGCAAUAUCACGCGCAACAGUUUCCAAUUCAAUAUUCACCCCAAUACCAAUCAUCUGUCUCGCAUGCUAUCCGUCAAUACUCACCUCAAACUCCACCUCAACGAUCACCCCGCUACUCACUUCAAUACCUUCCAUCUAACUCGCAUGAUAUCCGCCAACAAUCAUCCCAACGCCCCUUGCCGGUAACUCUCAGCAGAAAUCCCGCUGCUAUAAAUAGAUCUUGGAGUCUAGAUCCAUUUACCGAAAGAACACAACAGGAGAGCAAAAGGCAAGAGAGGAAACCAUCUCCAGCUUCUUCCUUACUGGUAGCUCCCAGCACAAGUCCCGUUGUUAUAAACAGGUCUGGGAAUACCGAUCCAUUUACUGAAAGAGCAGAACAGUGGAGCGAAAAUCGAGAUAGGAGAUCAUCUCUCACAGGUCCCGUUGUUAUAAAUGGAUCUGGGGAAUGGAAUACCAAUCAAGCUUCUGAAAAGACAAAACAGAGGAGCGAAAGUGGAUAG